CACAGAGAACUUUGAUCAGACUCACUUCACUGCAGACAUGAAUGUUGUGGAAUGAAAGCUGGGAGCUGAAGAGACUCAGUCUGGGAGAAUGGAGUCGCCAACUUUAGGCCUGGAUUUACUUAAAGAUCCAGGGGGUAAGGAGCCCAAACUGAAUGGUGUGGAUCAGUCAGCAGGAGAAACACCUACUGGAAGACAUCUCAGUGAACCAGGUCGUUUUGCAUAUGCUGCUUUGUGUGGGGUGUCUCUGGGACAUUUAUUUCCAGGACCAGAUCAAAGGAAGUUCCGGGAGCUGUACCUGGAAGGCUUAGUGAAUUGGCUUGGUCUUGAUGAGUCUGUCAUGCCAGUGAUGCAGGCUUUCCUGGCUGGACUUGGGUGUGAGGGCAGUGACACCUUCCUGUCCAUCCUGCAGGCAGAGCCGCUACUUAGCACAGGAUCUCAGCCAAUUACCCAGGAUCUUGUUUUAUUCUCUGUCAAAGAUGGUCAGUAUGAUGCCAGAGCUCGUGUACUGAUCCGGCAUGUCAGCUGCCUACUGAGAGUGUGUCCUCAGCAGCUGGAAGACUUUGAGGAGACACUCGGAGAACGGUUAAGACAAGGUGGAGAGGAGAGCGAAGAAGAGUCAUCAAAGAGACGGAAGAAAGAAAGAGGGCGCGCACUUCGGCGUUACUUGCUGAUCGGUCUUGCCACUGUUGGUGGAGGAACAGUGCUAGGUGUGACAGGAGGUCUGGCUGCACCCUUAGUGGCAGCUGGUGCUGGUGCAGUGUUGGGUGCAGGAGGGGCUGCGGUUCUUGGCUCAGCCGCUGGCAUUGCAAUCAUGGCAUCUCUGUUUGGCGCUGCAGGGGCUGGUUUAACUGGUUAUAAGAUGAACAAACGAGUUGGUGCCAUUGAGGAGUUUGAGUUUCUUCCUCUGAACUCUGUGAAGCAUCUUCAUGUCACUGUGGCUGUAACAGGAUGGCUCUGCAGUGGCAAAUACAGUUGCUUUCAGGCUCCGUGGCGCAGUCUGGGUGCCUGUGGAGAGCAGUAUUGCCUGAAGUGGGAGUCCCGCUACCUAAUGGAUUUAGGCUCUGUUCUGAACACGUUGUGGGACGGACUGGUCAGCUUGGUGGCCCAGGAGGCCCUUAAAUACACAGUGCUCUCAGGUAUCGUUGCUGCGUUGAGCUGGCCAGCGUCACUGCUGGCGGUGGCGAGUGUGAUUGAUAACCCGUGGGGAGUGUGUCUGAGUCGCUCGGCUGAGGUGGGAAAGCACCUGGCUCAAGUUCUUCGAAGCAGUCAGCAGGGAAAGCGACCUGUCAGUCUGAUUGGAUUUAGCCUUGGAGCUCGAGUCAUCUAUUUCUGUCUGGAGGAACUUGCCAAUGAUCAAGGUAGUGAAGGUGUUAUAGAGGAUGUCGUUCUGCUGGGAGCACCGGUAGAUGGAUCGGAGAAAACGUGGGAGCGGCUGUCAAGGGUUGUUGCUGGGAAGAUUGUGAAUGGAUAUUGCAGAGGAGAUUGGCUACUGGGAUAUGUAUACAGAAGUUCAUCUGUUCAGUUGUCUGUGGCAGGACUACAGCCAAUCGGCUCAAAAACACAUCGCAUAUUUAAUGUGGAUCUGUCAUCUGUGGUAAAAGGUCACUUGGACUACAUGAACGAAAUGGACACGAUCCUUGUAGCAGUUGGCGUUCCAACGAAAGAGGGAGCUGGAACUCUAUCUGGAAAUUCACAUGAUCUUGUGACUCUAACUCAUGAAAAACUGGACACUCCAGAAGCUCUGUCAAUUAAAGCAAUUCUACCAGAAGAGGAAAGACUUACAGAGGCUUCAACCCAAAAUGAAGAAAAUGUUAAAAAGGAGGAAUUUACAGUGUGUGAAGAAGAGGAACAUCAUUCUGGGACAGUGCAAGAAAAUGGCUGGGAUAUUCCAGAUAUAUCUGACUUACUAGACUCCAUCUGUGACUCUGAAUCUGACCAAAAAGAAAGAGUUAAUGACAGUUUUAAUGACACAGAGGGCAACAGAUCACCAGAAUGUCAAUGCGAACGAGAGGAAGUGGAUCAAAGUGACACAGAAACUGAACAUAAUUCCUGGGAAUGGGAUACCACACACUGGAAUAAUGAACACACAAUCACACACAAUUUAAAAAGAACUCAGUGUGCCACUCAGGACCGAGUCACCAAUGAAAAACCAUCUGCACACACGCUUCAUAGUCCAGUGACAGACCACACAUGGAUUCAGAUGUAAUUAUAGGCCAGAGCAGUGCUUUGCAUUCUGAUCUUGUACUGAAGUACUCAUUCAGUGCAGUUUAGUAAUCCUGCUGUGUAACACCUGAUUCAUCUUGUUUGCUAAUUAUAAAACCCUUCAUGAGUAGAAUCAGGUGUGUUUCAUCAGAGAAAACGUUCAAUAAAUGCUUCAACAUUUUCAAUCUAGUCUCUAGCCACCACAUUUGCACAUUGGGGGUUUAUUCCAUUUAUUUAUUAGGGCAUAUGAAGUUUCAUAGGGCAAACAAAUCUUAACUUGUAAUCCACAUAAUGUGAAUUUAUAGGUAAUAAGUAAUGUGCAUCUGCAGUGGAUUCAGAGACUAUUCAGACCCCUUGAUGUUUUGCACACAUUAUUGUGUAGGAUAUUUUAAUUUCUAUCCAAGUAAUCAUUAGAAUUGCUAUUUUUACCAUCAUUCUGUACUUCACCCAGUGACAAAGUGAAAAUAUGUUUUUAGAGUGUUUUGAAAGAUAAUUAGGAAUUAUGAAUAAAAAACUUGUCCUCACAAAGGUAUGCAGACCGUUUGCUGUGACACAAAUUGUGUUCUGGUGCAUCCUGUUUGCUUUAAUUAUCUAGAGCUCAACUGGAAUCCACAUGUUGCUAUUACUGUAUAUAGAAAUUAGCCUGUCGUUGGGUUCAGUUGUUUGGGAGGGUUUUUUAAUGCACUAUUGUGCUUUUUGCAGCCCUUAUAAGUUUUAGAUGAAAAUAAUUGAUGAAAGAAAUUGCUUGGGAGGUGUUGAAAGGGGCAUUUGCUAAUCUGUGGUCCUUCUUAACCAGUAUUUAUGUCACGCUUGAAGCCAGGGUUGACAUGGAAUAAUGUGUAUGCAGUAUGUAUGUAACACUCAUAUUUUUAACAACUGCCUUUCGACUUGUAUUUUAACUAUAAAGUCGAUAAGUUAAUUGUUCUUUUUAGUACAGUAAAAAAAAAUUUGGCUAUAUGGCCAUAUGCAAGGACUAGAAAUUAAAUACAUAAUUAGAUUAAAUGAAUAACAAUGUUAGAGUAUUUUAUAAUCUGUAUGCAGUGACUGCUCCAAUUUACUCAGAACAUACAAGGACAAAAACUGGAACCCUGUUUCGAAUGUGUUUAAACACUUGCCUGAUCUUAAGUAUUUGUGUUAAUUCUAAGAGCGGACGUUGUGAUAUUAAAAGAACCUCUUUUA